CAGUGCAACCCAGGUGGAAGUACUGGAAGAGAAAUCAGGAAGUCUGGCUCUUCUUUUAUGCGUGUCUGUCUUUGGUCUAUCAAAUUCGAUGGUUGAUGACAAAAGAAAAAGUGCGAUGAUGCCCUUCAACGUUUUUAAUUGACUUCGGUGUUCCAGUCCAAGAAAAAAUGAGUCACGUCUGUCCUGGUAAUCUCAUUGCACUGUGGCAGAACUGAUGCUGUGCUUUGUCAGUAGGCUGGGUUUCUGGAUAUCAGUUCCAUAUCAUGGCCGAUCACAUCAUCGUAUCAUGAGAUGGCUUGCUCAUAAAGAGGAUGCUGAGCGUUGUCUGAAGGCCAUGCAAAUCAGAUGAAAGAUGUCGUACUGGUCUGUAGGAGUCUCUGAGGAGCAGGGAGCUGCGGCAAGCAGCAUGGGCGAGCAAGAACAAGAUGGCGCCGCGGACAUGGGAGCCAAGCAGUCUGUCCUGGGGAGCUUCUCCCUGGGCCCGUCACCGACGCUCGCCAACAUCCAGACGGCCUACCGGGACGGCGAGAGUGACCGGGCGCACGACCUGAUCAGGAUAUCCUGCCAGGAGGGCGGAGGGGUCCGGCCUGAGAGGCAGGAGCUGUUGUGCGUGGCAGCUCAGAACGGGGAUGUGGAGAGCGUUCGCUACCUGCUGCGGGACGUCAGGGUGGCCAUCCCUCAGGACACGGGAGAGAAGAACCCGGCCAUCCAGGCCGCCCACCGGGGCCAGCACCACGUGGUCAAGGAGCUGCUGGACCACAUACCGAGGCACUGUCUGCGUCGGGACCUGCUGAACCUGAUGCUGGCUACGGCGUGCCAGCAGGGCCACCUGGAGGUGGUGCAGCUGCUGGUGCUGAGCUACCAGGCGGACGCAGAGGACUGCGCCAUACACAACAAUGACUUCGCAGUUAUCACGGGGCUGCCACUGUACGCUGCCGCCAGGGCAGGCAACCAGGAGAUCGCCACCUUCCUGCUGGAGAAUGGGGCCGGCUUCUCCUCCUACACCUUGAUGGACCACCCGGACUUCAGCCGCGAGCUGCUGCGGCAGCGCCUCCUAGAGGUCGACACCGGCGUGGCGGCCGGCGGGAGCACGGAGGCGGAGGCUCUUUCGGUGCAGUGGUCUGGCCUUAAGCUGCCGUGGCUGGAGCUGGACUGGUUCAUGGACGCGUCGUCCCGGAUCACCCAUCUGGACCUGUCCAGGAACAGCCUGAGCUCACUGCCCUCCGUGGUGCCAUGGGGCCUGCUGAGGCUCCGCAGCCUGGACCUCUCGUGCAACCAGCUCAAGGAGCUGCCCAGCACGCUGUCCUCCCAGGAGAUCAUCUGCACACAAUUACGCCACGUCAAUCUGUCUGAGAACGAGUUGGCCAGCCUCCCCGCGGGCCUCCUGCACAUGGGCCAGCUCCAGAGGCUCAACGCCGCUAAGAACAAACUCACCGCCCUGUUCGAGGUCCCCGACGGGACCAACUGGAUCGGUCUGCGUAAGCUGCAGGAGCUGGAUGUGUCUGACAACAGCCUGAGCAGCCUCCCCUCGGCCGUGCUGCACUGCUUCAAGUCCCUCAACAGCCUCAACGUCUUCAGGAACAAGCUGACCUCCUUCCCUGACCCCUGGGCCUGCCCUCUGAAAUAUUUAAGAGCAUCCAACAAUCAGAUCGAGAGCCUGCCGGAUCUAAUCUCCAUUUUCUGGAGAACUCAUCUGAUAGAAGUGGACUUCUCUGACAAUGCCCUCAAGGAGCUGCCCUCCUACAUCUUUGAGCUGGAGGCCAUCGUGUCCCUCCGGCUGUGUGGAAAUCAAAUCUCCUCUCUGCCCGCGCCCAGCAAAUGGAAGUGCUCACAGCUGAGAACACUUGAUCUGUCCAGGAACCUACUGGGCAAGACUGAAGAGUCUACCAAAACGAGACGGUUGGCAUUCUUCACCACAUGGCAAAGAAGAGAUCCUGAACCAGUGUCGUCCAUCCAGUUUCCAGUAAUACUGCGGGAUUCGUUGGAAGUACUGUUCUUGAACGACAACCAGCUGGACAGCGUGCCUCCUUCCGUGUGCAGCCUGAAAACCCUCUCGGAGCUCUAUCUGUCCAACAACACUGGCAUCCAGGAGCUGCCUGCGGAGCUCGGACAACUGCCCAACCUGUGGCAGCUGGACAUCGAGGACCUCAACAUCAGCAAUGUCCCGGCCGAGGUCAGGAAGGAAGGUCCAGUGGGCGUCCUGGCGUACCUGCGCGCUCACCUGCGUAGGGCGGAGCCGUGCCGCCUGCUGAAGAUGCUGGUGGUGGGGCCGCCGCGGCAGGGCAAGAGCGCUCUCCUGGAGGCCGUGCAGAGCGGACGCACCGCCCAGUUCCUGCCGGCCGAGUGCAGCAUCCGCACCGCGGGCUGGGAGCUGGAGCGGCCCAGCAGCAUCAGGACCGGGGUGGACGCUGUGUCUUUCAACGUCUGGGACAUCGGCGGUCCGGCCAGCAUGUCGACGGUCAACCAGUGCUUCUUCACAGACAAGGCCCUGUACGUGGUCAUCUGGAACCUGGCGGUGGGGGAGGAGGCGGUGGCCAACCUGCAGUCGUGGUUAUUAAACAUCGAGGCUCGAGCCCCAAACUCGGCCGUGAUGGUGGUGGGCACACAUCUGGACCUGAUCGAUAGCAAGUUCCGCACCGAGCGCGUCGCCACCCUGCGGGCCUACGUGCUGGCGCUGUGCCGUACCCCCUCGGGAGCCAGGGCCAGCGGCUACCCCGACAUCACCGCCAAGCAUCUCUAUGAGGUGUCCUGUAAGACUAUGGAGGGCGUGGAUGGCCUGAAGAAGCUCUUGUAUCAAGUAGCCUGCUCUAUGAAGGACAUCAGCAACGCGGCCAGCUGUCACAAACUGGUUGGACGACUGAUCCCCAAAAGCUACCUGACCCUCCAGGAGGCGGUCCAGGCCGAACGUCUGAGGCGGGACUCGGAGGACGAGGUCCAGUAUCUGACCGACCAGCAGCUGGAACAGGUCAUCGAACAGAACCCCACCAGCGACAUCAAAGACUACGAGGACCUGCAGACAGCCAUCAGCUUCCUGAUUGAAACGGGGACCCUGUUGCACUUCCCCGACACGUCGCACGGCCUGUGCAAGCUCUACUUCCUGGACCCGGUCUGGCUGUCCGAGUGCCUGGAGCGCAUCGUCCACCUGAAGAGCUCGCGCUCGGUGGCGCGCAACGGCGUGAUCCGCGCCGAGGACCUGCGCAUGCUGCUGGUGGGCACGGGCUUCACGCAGCAGACGGAGGAGCAGUACUUCCAGUUCCUGGCCAAGUUCGAGAUCGCGCUGCCCGUGGGAAACAGCAGCUACCUGCUCCCCCACCUCCUCCCCGCCAAGCCUGCCAUGGACAUCCACGGCUUCCGCCAGCACACCCACAACACCAUCCAGCGCCACUUCAAGAUGAGCUUUGUGCCCGCCGGAUUCUGGGAGCGCUUCAUUGCCAGGAUGCUGAUCAGCCUGACAGAGAUGGACCUGCAGGCGUUUGAGACGAAGAGGAGCACAAAGAGCCACAGGAACCGAGGGACCAUCAUUUACAGCUUCGCUGGGAACCAGCAGCGCAACCGCUGUAGCACGUUCCGCGUCCGACGGAACCAGACGAUCUACUGGAAGGAGGGACUCCAGGUGACCUUCGAUGGAGGGUACCUGAGCGUGGAAUCAUCCGACCUGAACUGGAAGAAGAAGAAGAGUGGAGGCAUCAAGAUCCUGUGUCAGUCGGAGAUGAGGGACUUCUCAGCCAUGGCCUUCAUCACCGAUCACGUCAACGCGCUCAUAGAGCAGUGGUUUCCUGCGUUGACGGCGAGCGAGACCGACGGCUCGCUGCUCAUCGAGCAGUACGCCCCGUGCCCCGGCUGCGUCCCCACGGCCAGGCACGCCGACCCUCAACCGGCCGAGCCGGACCCUGCCGGACACGGCACCGUCCACUACUUCGACAUGGAGGACUGCGUAUUGGCCGCGGUGGACAAGGAGCACAUCAUCUGCCCCAAUCACCCCAACGAGCCCGUGCCCCUGCAGGAGCUAGUGCCUGAGCUCUUCAUGACCGAUUUUCCAGCACGGCUGUUCCUGGUGAAGAGCGAGCUGGACUACAGCGAGAAGGAGCAGGACAUCCUGGGCCAGGGCGGCAGCGGCACCAUCAUCUACCGGGCCAAGUACCGGGGCCAGCCCGUCGCCAUCAAGCGCUUCCACUUCAAGAAGUGCCGUCAGCAGUCCUUCGGCAGCGGCACAGACACGAUGAUCAAGCACCUGCAGUCGAUGGAGACGUCGCGGAGCUUCUCCGAGUUCCGUCAGGAGGCCAGCAUGCUGCACUCGCUCCAGCACCCCUGCAUCGUGCCCCUGCUGGGCAUCAGCAUCCACCCGCUCUGCUUCGUCCUGCAGCUGGCGCCGCUGGGCAGCCUCAACACCGUGCUGGAGGAGCGCGCCAAAGGCACCCAGUUCAUGCCGCUGGGCCACAUGCUGACCUUUAAAGCGGCCUACCAGAUCGCCGCGGGGCUGGCCUACCUGCACCGCAAGAACAUCAUCUUCUGCGACCUCAAGUCCGACAACAUCCUGGUGUGGUCGCUGGAGGUGCUCGACCCCGUGAACAUCAAGCUGUCGGAUUACGGGAUAUCGAGGCUGUCGUUCCACGAGGGGGCUCUGGGCGUGGAGGGAACGCCGGGAUACCAGGCUCCGGAGAUCCGACCGGGGAUCGUCUACGAUGAAAAGGUGGAUAUGUUCUCCUACGGCAUGGUGCUCUACGAGCUGCUGUCGGGCCGCCGGCCGGCCCUGGGCCACCACCAGCUGCAGAUCGCCAAGAAGCUGUCCAAGGGCAUCCGGCCAGUGCUGGGCAGCCCGGAGGAGGUGCAGUUCUACUGCCUGCAGGCCCUCAUGCUGGAGUGCUGGGACACCAAGCCAGAGAAGCGCCCCCUUGCCAUGCCGCUGCUGAGGCACAUGCAGGAGCCCAGCUUCCCCUGCUGCAGGUACCUGCUGGCCUGCGAGAGACACCGGCAGCUCUUCCUCUCCUCUCAGCAGGGCCAGAGCGCUGUCUUCUGGGACGGAGAGAUGGACGACAGGAACUACACGGUGGUGAACCUGGCCAAAGGUCAAGUGGAGGUGAAGCGCAUGCCCUGCCCGGGAGCCAAGCUCAGCUGUCAGCUGAAGAUGGAGAACACUCUGUGGACGGCCACCGAGGAGCAGGAGGUUCUGAUCUACAGUCUGAAGGAGAUGUGUCCACUCAGGCAGCCUCAGAAGAGCCUGUCCUUCCCCGCCGUCGUCACCUGCCUUUUCCUCGCACCUGCCCAGAAAGAGUCUCUGCCGCUGGUGUUUGUGGGGAUGGCCGACGGCCUGGUGUCGGUGCACACGCUGGUGGACGACAUGCCGACGGACGGCGAGACCUACCUGUGCUCGCACUCGCUCAACAAGUCCGAGUUCGGCCUGCAGGACACGGACGCGCGGCAGAAGCCCUACCCGGUGCGCUGCAUGGCGCUGGUGCGCGGCGGCGCCGAGCUCUGGUACUCCAACGGGCCCGGCGUGCUGGUCAUCCAGUGCCCCAGCCUGCGGGCCGUCCGGCGGCUGGACCCGUACCGGCCGCCGGCCUGCGUGGCGUCGCUGGUCAGCUCGGCCGGCUGCUGGGCGGACGAGGCCGUGUGGUGCCUGGACGACCUGAGCAACACGCUGCUCAUGUACCACACGCAGAGCUACCAGCUGUGCGCCAGCUACCACUGCGGCGACGCCAACCCGCUGCGGGACGUGUUCCCCAUCCAGAGGCCCGCGGGGCGCACGGUGACCACCCCGCAUCAGCUGUCGUACGGGGACAGCGCAGAGGAGGAGGAGGAGGAGGAGGAGGAAGAGGAGGACGAGGAGGAGGAGGAAGAGGAGGAUCCUCACGAGGGCAGCCCCGUGGUGGUCAUGCACAGCGACGAGGCGGGGACGCAGAUCCUCCGGCGGGACGACUCGCUGACCGACUACUGCUCCGUCACGUCCACGUCGGGCUUCUUCUCGGAGCCGGCGGACGGCGGCGGCGACACGGACGCCGACCUGGAGCGCUCCAGCUCGGGCGCCCUGAGCUCGCUGGCCAGCACCACCAGCAUGCCCUUCUCCACCGACACCGAGGACGGCGACCAGCAGCGGCCAGACGACCGAGAGACGACCUCCGCCCCACUCCCCUCCCCCACCACCGAGGCGCAGGACCCCCCCGACACCCCCAACCACUCCUCGCCCCACCUGCAGGCCCUCACUGUACUGCCCGUCAGUGACACCGUCUGGGUUCCCAGGCGUGGAGGGGACAUCAUGGUGAUCGAGGUCCAGGAGAACGCUGGUCUGCUCAGAGGCCGCGUCAUCGCCGUGCUCAGUGCCCCAGGAACACCACAACACGGAGCCCUAGUGGAGGCUGCGCUGGUUGCAAAGGACACUGUUGUGUGUGGCUUUCGCAAUGAAAACAUGGAGUGGUGCCUGGCUGUCUGGCGGGGCUGGGGAGCGGGCGAGCUGGAAGUCUUCUACCAGUCCUACGAGAAGCUCGGCAGCCUGGAGACCAGCAUGCGCAAGAGAAGGUAGCCGUUGUGCGCUGCGCGGCGCGGCGCAGAAUCAGCGCUCUGUGAGGACCCCCUCCCCUCCCCUCCCUGUCCCCCCCGCUCCCCCUCCCCAACUCCGACUCCAGGGGGCUCGCGCCACUCACAGGCCUCAGUGUUCCCGGGAGCCGCCGGGCUUGGCAGCUCGGACAUCAGCAUGUACCCGCUCUGGCCCUGUGUGGGGCUGGGGCCGAGCGUGGAGGGAGGGGUGGAAAGGUUGUGGAGGGGGGGGUUUACACGGACCCUGCCCACCGUCGCUCGCUCUGCGGGCUCCAGGGUCCUGGGGAGUCUGUCUGUCAGGGGCACGUGCGGUGGUUCUCCGGGGGGACGGCGGAUGGCGGAUGGCGGUGACAGGGUCUUGAAGCGCUGGCUGCACCGGAGCGAGAGGGAGGGAGGGAGAGCAUUAGAGGACAAUGAGACGCGGGAGCCUGAAACUGACAGCAGGGACCGUGUGACCCUCCGUCACAACACAACACAACAAGUCCAUCUGCCCAGAGGAGAUAUGCGUGUGUGUGUGUUUGUGCGUGCGUGCGUGUGCGUGUGCGUGUGUGUGACAGAGAAAGAGAGAGAGUGAGACAGACAGAUAGACAGCCUUUGACAGCCUUUGAAGACUGUAAUCCACAGAGGGAAGGUGUGUAGGAGAGGUCAAUCUUGGGGGAGAUCAUGAAGAGUUUUAAGCUUUAUGAAAGUGGAACUGUGAUGGUGGAUUCUAAUGCAUUUUGUUGUAACGCUUUUAUGAAAUGGUUAUGGUUUCAUCCCAUUUCUUUCAAGCAGAGCUAAAGGUGUUGUUUUCAGCUCUUGUCAGAAAAAGAAGCAAAAAUGCUCCUAGAGUAGCAAUAUUGAGUAAUUCUGAAUCCAUCUAAACAUAGAUGUGUUUUAUAGAUCUUGAUUUUCUGCUCGGAUAGUCUAUACAUAUUUAUAUUUUCAUGGAUUGAACAAUUUAAGCAAAUUCAAUACCAGAAAUGAAACUAAAACUUGGAAAAUGACAUUAAGAUUUUUGAUAAGGGAAUGUUGAUAACUGCUGUCCUCGACAAGUGUUUUUUAUUUCAGAGCAAUGAAAACAGCACCUUCAAGACCAAUGUUCUAUAUAAAUGGACAUUUUCCUUUAAAUAACACAACCCGCAUGAUUGUGUUUACUAUUAUGCAAUGAGCUCGAGUUUGUAAGAGUUGUAAAAUAUAAAAUCUUAUUUAUUGUGUGAUUUCUUAAAAACAGAUCUCACUGCACGUGUAUAUGAGCUACCGUAUUGUACAUAAGCCAUUAAACAUGA